AAAAUUAUGGACAGCCCUGAGGCACCCUUUAAAAUUAUGGACAGCCCUGAGGCACCUAUUAAAAUUAUGGACAGCCCUGAGGCACCCUUUAAAAUUAUGGACAGUCCCGAGGCACCCUUUAAAAUUAUGGACAGCUCUGAGGCACCCUUUAAAAUUAUGGACAGCCCUGAGGAACCCUUUAAAAUUAUGGACAGCCCUGAGGCACCCUUUAAAAUUAUGGACAGCUCUGAGGAACCCUUUAAAAUUAUGGACAACUCUGAGGAACCCUUUAAAAUUAUGGACAGCCCUGAGGUGCCCUUUAAAAUUAUGGACAGUCCAGAGGCACCCUUUAAAAUGAUGGACAGUCCUAAGGAACCCUUAAAAAUUAUGGACAGCUCUGAGGCACCCUUAAAAAUUGUGGACAGCCCUGAGGCACCUUUUAAAAUUAUGGACAGUCCUGAGGCACCCUUUAAAAUUAUGGACAGUCCAGAGGCACCCUCUAAAAUUAUGGACAGUCCAGAGGCACCCUUUAAAAUUAUGGACAGUCCUGAGGCACCCUUUAAAAUUAUGGACAGUCCAGAGGCACCCUUUAAAAUUAUGGACAGUCCAGAGGCACCCUUUAAAAUUAUGGAAAGCCCUGAGGCACCCUUUAAAAUUGUGGACAGUCUUGAGGCACCCCAAUCUAAAAUGGGGUGCCUCAAGACUGUCCAUCAUUUUAAAAGGGCACCCCAUUCUAAAAUU